AUGUGGCGUCUAAAUGUCGAUCGCGGCCGCCAAUGGUGGACGACCGACGCCGACGCCGCCACCUCGCCAGCCCUGUCUGCGGCCCUGUCCUCCGCGCGCGCCGCGUACGCGUCGUCGAAGCACGCGCACUCAUCGGACGCCUAUCUGCGCGCGCUAGCGUCGCACGGCCAUCUGCUUGGCAACCCGACGUGCGGCGCGCUAGCGCCCGUGCCCGCGCGGCUGCGGCGCGACGCCCGCGCGGCCGCGCUGCACAAGGGGCUGUCCUUCUUCGCGACGCUGCAGACGGGCGACGGCCACUGGGCCGGCGACUACGCAGGGCCCAUGUUCCUGCUGCCGGGGCUCGUCAUCGCGUGCUACGUGUCCCGCACGCCCCUGCCGCCCGCCCACCGCGCAGAGAUGCUGCGCUACUUGCGCAACCACCAGAACCCCGACGGCGGCUUCGGCCUGCACAUCGAGCACAAGUCCACUAUGUUUUCCACCGCACUCAACUACGUCGCCAUGCGCAUCCUCGGCGCGGGGAGCGCCGACUCUGAUUCGCGGAGCGCGCGCGCAUGGAUCCGCGCACACGGCGGCCCCGCUGGCUGCCCCGGCUGGGGCAAGUUCUGGCUGGCCGUCCUCGGCGUUUACGAGUGGCAGGGCAUGGACCCGCUCACGCCGGAGUUCUGGCUCCUGCCGUAUGCGCUCCCGUGCCAUCCCGCCCGGUUUUGGUGCCAUUGUCGCGUCGUGUACUUGCCCAUGAGCUAUCUGUACGGGAGGAGGGCGGUAGGGGAGGUCACGGAGCUCGUGCGGGAGUUGCGGGAGGAGCUGUAUGAGGAGCCGUACGAGAGCAUUGAGUGGCCGGCGUGGAGGGGAAGGUGCUGCGAGGAGGAUGUUUACGUGCGGAGGCCGAAGCUGCAGCGCGUGUUGUGGGGCGCGUUGGCGCUGUGGGAGAGCAUCUGGUUUCCAGGGAAGCAGUGGCUGAGGGAACGCGCGUUGAAGGAGACUUUGAUGCAGAUCACGGCGGAGGAUGAGAAUACAAACUAUAUUUGUAUCGGCCCGGUGAACAAGGUUAUUAAUUUCUUGUGCAGAUGGUUUGAUGACCCGGAUGGCGUGGCCGUGGACAAGCAUCGCGACCGCCUUACGGACUACCUGUGGCUGGCGGAGGAUGGCAUGAAGAUGCAGGGGUACAACGGGUCGCAGCUGUGGGACACGGCGUUUGCGAGUCAGGCGUUUAUGGCCGCGGGCCGGGACAUUGUUGAGCCUUUUACGAAGACACUGUCCUUGGCGCAUGAUUACGUGGAGAUGACGCAGGUGCUCGUAGAUGUACCGAACCGGGAGAGGUUUUACCGGCAUAUGAGCAAGGGCGCGUGGCCGUUCAGUACUAGGGAUCAUGGCUGGCCUAUCGCUGACUGCACGGGGGAGGGCCUGGCCGCCGCACUCUUGCUGCAGGGGAAGAAGGGCACGUGGAUUCCGAAGAAGAAGAUGAUCAGCAACGACAGGCUGCAAGACGCCGUCAAGAUGAUUCUGAGCUAUCAGAACCCGGACGGCGGUUGGGCUACAUACGAGUUGCAGCGCGGCCCGGCAUGGUUGGAAUUCCUUAACCCAUCAGAAGUGUUUGGCGACAUCAUGGUCGAUUAUUCUUACGUUGAAUGCACGGCGUCCGCGCUCAAGGGGAUUGGAGAGUUUCGCGCGGAGUUUCCAGACCAUCCGCUUGUACCCAAAUUGAACGAGUCCUUGGCGAAAGGGAUCAGAUACAUAGAGUCGAUCCAAAAGCAAGAUGGGUCGUGGUACGGUAGCUGGGGCAUAUGUUUCCUUUACGCGAUUUGGUUUGCCAUAGACGCAUACACGUCGAUGGGAUUGACGCUUGAGACAAGCCCCUCUAUGGAGCGUGCGUGCCAAUUUGUUCUGAACAAGCAAAGGGAGGAUGGAGGGUGGGGCGAGAGCUACCUCAGCUCGGAAACAAUGGUAUACACGCAAUCGGAAGAGAGCUUAGUUGUCAGCACAGGAUGGGCUCUUGUUGCGCUAUCGAUGGCUCGCUGGCCUGACAGGGAACCUCUUGAGAAGGCCUCCCAGUUUCUCAUUCGCUCACAGGAUGAAAACGGGGAUUGGCCCCAGCAAAACAUUUGCGGCGUUUUCAAUCGCAACUGCAUGAUUUCGUAUUCGCAGUAUCGCAACAUCUUCCCCAUUUGGGCGCUUGCCGAGUACAGGAAAAAUUAUCCCUAGCCUCCGGAAACUUCGCCUUCACAUUCCGUGGGGUAGCCAGUGCGUUUCCAAGGUUAGAAUGCGUGACAGACGCCUGCACCCAACUAAGUUGUUGUUCAAGAGACAUUGCUGGUGCCGGAGAAUAUGGGAUCACGGCCAGGGUCAUUCAAAGACUAGGACACUGGUUAUAGCCUCCUUCUCUAGAUCUAAUGUUAACACUUCGAAAAAAAAAUCGAUAAGAUCCCUCGAGGCCCUUCA